AUGGAGACUCGGAAGGAGCGAGUGGGUGACACGGAACCUUUGGCUGUGCCAUCCGAGUUUGUGGAGCAGUGGAAAAAAUCAAGAGACUCCUCCACCAUCCUUCUGUUUCCACUUUCAUUACACUGUUCUGGUUUUCCAGGCCAGAGAACUUGCCAGAGAGACAUUGAAGAGGAGAGGAAACUUCUUUCUAUUCAACGGGUGUAUGAAAGGAGACACCCACCGAACCAAUCUGAUGACAUCCCCCCCUUUCGGAAAUUGCUGUGUCCAGACCCCCUCUGUCCCAUAUGUAACAGAACCACGGCUAAGUUCCGGGAGGACCCAUUCCUACCUGGAAUUUCCCCCUGCCCAUGUAAUACUCAGGAAACAGGACAAGACACCUCCUUGUGUCUGGUGGACAGCCUUGAUGGGUUGCCCACUUAUUACCCAGCAAUCACUUACGACUCAAACAGAGCCAUUGACGGCUCAAGCCUCUCUGUGUCCAAACUCCCCGUGCUGCAGCCCCACGCUGCAAACCUGCCUCCGCCCAGCUUGGCACAACAGGAUAGGGACCAAGCGCUUACUGACCUCGAUAGUCUUGUGAGUUCUAUGGAGGGAGACACCACCACCUAUAUUAUAAAUUCUGAAACUCCCUCGUUUAUCUGCUCUGAUGUCCUGACACUGCUGGAGAGACAAAUCCAAAAGAGAGGCGAUUUCUUGAUGUCAGAGGACAAGGAAGAUAAAACACAAUCUUUCCGCAAUCAGUCGCAGCCCGAGCGCCAGCCGAGUGUUUCAGGGGAAUUGCUGCCGUCUGUUGCUGAUCACCAAGACUCAGCACAGUCCCCCCCAUUUGCAGGCACCACAGGCAGACAGGAGAAUUUUCACAUGCACCACCAGCAGCCCCCACGUCCAAAGGUCUUUGAGGACCAUUCACAGAAAGGGUCGACCCAGCUUUUCUGGGGCCUCCCAUCCCUCCACUGCGAGUCCCUGGGCUCUACUGUCCCUGCCUCAGGUGACUGUCCCUCCACCUGCUUCAACCAAACUCUUCAUGCCUACAGUGCCCAUAAGCCCACUGUCAUUUCUGGCCAGACCACUCUGGCCUUGCCCCAGAUUCAACUUCAAGCCCUGUCUGAAGCCCUUCUCCAGUCUCCCUCCCAGCAGCUCCCCUCUGACCAGUUCCAGGCCCAGCUCGAAUCCCCUCUUCCAGUCGUGGCACCUUCUGGAUCUCAGCUCUGCAACUGCGGAGUGUGUUUUCACACGCCUCAGCCUCAGAGCGGGACACAGCUUCUUACACCGUCUCAAAUCGGUGCUCUAGAAUAUAACAUACUACAGAAAGUUCAGAAAAACAUAUGGGGCUUACCCCCUGUCAUCCAAAAAUCCCAGGAAGACUUUUGUCCUCCAGCUCCCCACUUUUCAUUUGUUAAACAGGCCUGUAAGGCCCAUGAUUCUUCCGUCUCCAUACUUCCUGGAGACUUUCCUCUUGACGAUGAGCUCCGGAAAAAACUAGAGCAUCACCUUCGAAAGAGGCUCAUCCAGCACCGCUGGGGCCUGCCCGACAGGAUCGUUUCAUCUCUGUCAUCGAUGAUUCCUCUGACAGAGAUUUCCCAGGACACUGAGGAAAAGAGUAGCCGUGGGCUCGCAUGCAUUCCUGUUUUUACUCAUCCCAGCAGCAAAAAUUUAAGCAAGGUUGAACCGAAACAGUUAGAAAGGCAGCUCUGUGAGAGGAGCUCAGAGAUGCCUCCUCUAGAACAGGAUGUGAGAGAACAAGGACACGGUUCACAGACCGGAAAAAACGCUCGACCACUGAGCCCUGCAAAGGUGGUUCCAGCACCUGACACUCACACAGACCAAGAAAGACCUGUAGAUAGUCAUUCAGGACAUCACUCAACCACCUUAGAGGCAAGUCAACACCGGAAGGAGGCCCUGGAAGCACAUCUGAGCAAGAAAUUUGAUGAAAUCAGUAAGGGUCAGAUCCCAGAAAUUGUGCAGAGUUCAAGGCAUUCUGUCAAAGUGAAUGUUUGUGAGCAUCUCCUCAGCCAAGUGAAAGAUUUGGUGCCAUUGGAGAGAAAAGACAGCAUCUUUAGUUCUUUCCCUUAUGGCAAAAGGCAAAAGAUUUUGGAGGAUCAUAUUAAGAUUUUUCAUUGGAGAAUGGUGAAUGGCCUUCCACAGAAGGUUCAAGAAUCCAUAGAAAUCUUCAAUGUAAAAGAGCCCCAAACAAACUCUUACUUACAAAUUCCGUCCUCAGACGUUCUCAUUUCUGGGGCGGAUUCUAAAAUUGAGGCUCCUGGGCCUCUAAUAGGACCCUCUAACACUUUUCAUGAGGACACAAUGAGAACAGCAAAUGUCCCUGUUGUGGAUAAUUGCCUCUCUGCCACUCUACCUGAGGGCAAAAGAGGACAGGAGAUUGUAAAGAAUUCACCCUUCUAUACCAGUCUUCAGUUUGCAGUUGAAGAUGGCAAACUCAAAGCUUUGUCCCAUACAAAUAACAGCGGAGAUAAAGCUGUGCACAGACAAGCUGGGACUGAACCUGAGAUACUAGAUAAGAGCGAGGGUUCCAGCAAUAAUACCAAAAAGUUUCAGAGAAAAAUGAAGAAUUUAGAGCAUUUUCUUAUGACUGACAAGUCCAAGGAGCUAAUCAAAGCAGGAAAACAUCCUAAUUUCCAAUCACAACCUAAUAACCUGAUGACCCCAGUGACUAAAGUGAAUUCUCAAAAAGUAGAAACUACCCUGACUACUAAAAUGUCCCUAACGAGAAUCUCAGUUCCUGAUUCUGUAUCAGUGGAACUUAAAAACAAUCUAAUUGAUGAGCUGAAGUUGAAAUUGGAGGACAGGAAGCAGAGGCAGGAUCAGGAAGCUCCCGCUGACCCACCCCCAACUUCAGAUAAGGAGACAAUCCAGACAUUGCUGACUCAUCACCAGGGUGUUCCCAGUGGGGACACAGCAGCCUCCCAGGUAUUUCAUGUUCAGUCAUGCAGCAGAGGGAGCAGCAUGCAGCAGCAGCAGCCAGAGCCAUGGGUCCCUAGCCACAUUAUCCCCAAAUGCCAGGCCAAGAAUUCUCCCUCAAGUGCAGAGAGAGUAAACUGUAGAGCAUCCAAACCAGGUGAGCUUGGGGGUGGGGAUGCCAGCUUGGAGAAAUCCCAACUGAGAAGGAAGAGCCGCCUCCCUCCAGACAGGGCAAAGAAGACACUUGGGAGCAAGUCUUCCCCAGCCCUGUCACAGAAGAGACAGCCUCCUUCUGAAAGUAGUUUCAGAAACCAGAUUAAACAAUUUUUCCAAUGGCUUAGCCCUGGUACAAAACUCAAAGGCCAAGAAGUUUCUCUAGGGAAGGGUAGCUCUUUGUUGUCUCUGCAGGCAAGAGGUCUAGGUAAAGCUACCUUUUCUAGAAACACAAAAGCCCAGGAAGUCACAAAAGCUGUUGACCAAGUCCUGUUGGAGAAACAGGGGUGCAGUAGGCAUUCAGUGGAUGUCACCUGCUCCAGAGGGCCCCCUUCUUCCUGUGUGAAGGCUGGGAAGACCCAACAAGAGGUAGAACUAAAGAUCCCAACGGAGAAGCCCGAGAGACGCUCCUCAAAUGACAAGGCUACCUACUCUACAGUAACCAAUAACCCUUCCAGUCAAAAAGCUACCACUGCAGCUCAGAGCAAUCCCACAAGAAACAGAUGCAUCAAAGACAGGAGCAGACAGCCCCAGAAAAACAUGCCAUCGCAAGACAAGGCCUUCCGCCAAAAGCACCCCCAAUCCGUGCCCCACAAGGAGCCAGGACCCAAACCAACACCGACUACCCAUAAACGUCAACUGGGUCAACUACCUCCAGCUGCCCCUGUCUUUGCAGAAGGUACUGUUGUUCUUCAACAGGACAGACUCAGCACCUGCUGUGCUGCUGAUUAUACUGUGAGUAACAGCAGCUUUGCCUUGGGACGCUAUGGUUAUGCCGCAGAUGGGAACAGCCCAUCUGUGAAGGCGGCCUCUGCCACUGCAGCAGCCGUGCUGGCGGAGGCCCGAGGAGGAGGGCGAGGAGGCCCUGAGGACUCGGCCUGGCGGAGGCCCGAGGAGGAGGGCAAGGAGGCCCUGAGGACUCGGCCUGGCUUCUGUCGCUGGCACCAGCACAGAGAACUUAAAGGGCUAGCAGGGAGCAAGCCUGAAAUCGUCUCCGUCUCCGUCUCCUCCUUUCUCUGUAAUCUGCUUAGAGAAGCUCAUCCUCCUCCUGACUUCUGCAUGAAGCUGAAGAAAAGUCAAGUCAUAAAAGAUAUGAACCACCAGAGCUGA